AUGAUAGAAGCUUUUCAUCAUGCAACAGAAUUUAAUACUACCAGAAAGACAAAAGCUCACUGGUGGAAUGACCAAUUAACAAAUCAAAGAAGACAGGUGCGCAAACUACAAAGGAAAUUUAAACGGGAAAGAGAUCCUGAUAUUAAGUCAAUAAGAAGACAAGAAUACCUACAAAACUUUAAGGAUUUCAAGAAUAAUAUCAACAAAGCACAUUCAAAGGCAUGGCAAGAGUUUUGCACUCGUGCAGGAAAGCAAAAUAUUUGGAGCGAACCAUAUUAUGUGGUGCGUAAACGAAAAGUCACUAGUGAUAUCCCUGCUAACAUACUAAAGAAUGAUGGUACUUACACAAAGAACUAUGACGAGACUAUAGACUAUCUACUCAAAACACAUUUUCCGAGGGACAAUGAAGAGGAAGAUAACUCAACACAGAAAUGUAUUAGAGCAGACAUGGAAAACAUCCCAAAUACAGACGAAGACAGGUACUUUACAUUCACAGAAGUGGAGAUGGCUAUAAUGUCGAUAAAAAAGAAAAAAGCACCUGGUAUAGAUGGGAUAACUCCUGAAAUAAUGAAACAGGCAUUUAGAGUAGUGAUGUAA